AUGUCAACGAGUAUUUCAAACUCAACGAACUAUUCAAAUAGUUUACCCGAUGACAUUUUUAAUUAUAAUCAGAAUGAAUUUAAUGAAUUUAUUAAAGAAACACGUGGUGCUGAUCUUGCCGAAUUAUUUAGCUUCCAGGCAAUUAGACAUGCAACACAUCUAAUAGACACAACAUGCGAUGAAAUUUUGUCAAUUUUACAAGAAGAUUCAAAAGAUAUUAAUAAUUUGAAGAAAUUGUGUUGUUUUCAACUUAGUGAUAAUAAAUUUCGAAUUAAAUUAGGCGUCAAACUUGCGAUUAAUAAUUUAAUUCAAUCAUUAAAGAUCAAACAAGAACAACAACAACAAAAGAAAAAAAAAAGAUCUGCACAACAACGUUUAUUGUCCAGUGUCAAUGUCAAGUCAUUAGUUAAUGAUACAUUAUCACAAGAUGAAAUAGUUUCAUUAGAAUCAACACCUGUUUCAUCGGUAGUUGUUGAUACAUCAUCAACACAUCCGAAAGUAAAAGGAAUACAACGUGUUUUAGAUGAGAUCGGUCAUCUAACUGAUAUUAAACAACGACUCAACCAAUGGUGGAUUUCUAUUAAUAGUAAUGACAAUGUAUUUUUAGAAGAAGGUGUACAUUAUUUUUUGCAAAUUAAUAAAUCAAUAAACGAUAAAUAUGCUUGUAUUUUAUCAUGUUUAUGUCAUGCUCAUUUUAAACUAUCAUUCAUGCCAACAGGUUUUUUUAAAUUGUCUUCAUUUUGUCGGCAUAUAAAGGAAAAAAAAUGCUUUAAACAAGUUUUGAAGAGAAAAAAUGGAAAAGAAAAUAGUUUAGUUGAUAAUCGAAAUUCAACUACAACUCAAUCAAAUACGUCGAAUAGUUUAUCAAACACUAGAUCGAAAAAGAGUAAAACUUCACAACGUACAUCUUCAAAACGAUUUCGAUCACCAUCAACAGAAACAUCUUCAGAUACUGAAAUUACUGCUAACAAAAAAAAUCGGUCUUUAUCAUCAAAUUCUACAAAUAGUUCGCAAGAAAAGAGAGCUCUUGACAAUAAUGAAAAUUAA